AUGGAUUCCACUACUUUUAAAUAUUAUCAUGUCCAUGAAUUUGACUCAAAAUGUUAUCUUGAUGCAUUUUUGUCUCCCAACACCAAUAAACAACUUCAAGAGGAAGCCAUCUGGAGACCAAUGAAAUAUAUGCAUAAAGAACUUGUGUCAGGUCAUGUUAAAGGUUACAAUCUGAUUGACAUCACUGUUGGUCCCAGUAUUUGUCAUCUCUUUCCAGUUUGUGAGUUCUUCAAAGAAAUUACUAUAUUGGAAUUUAACCGUUUCUGCGUCGCAGAACUGGAUAAAUGGCUAAGCAACGACAAAGAAGCCUUUGAUUGGUCUCACGCAUCAAAGUUUAUGAUGGAUCUUGAAGGAAAAAGUGGUGGCUGGAAGGAAAAAGAAGAAUUAUUGAGAGGAAAAAUUAAAAGUAUUCUCAAAUGUGAUAUUACUAAAGAUAACCCAACAGACCCAGUAGAGCUACCAAAAGCAGACUGUAUCAUAUGCAUGUGGGUACUGGAUGUCAUCAGCACAGAUAAAGAUGCCUAUAUCAGCAAUUUGAGAAAAAUAUCCUCUUUACUAAAACCAGGUGGCCGUCUGAUGUUGGUUUCUGAUAUUAAUGCUACAUUUUAUAUUGUUGGAGAACACAAAUAUGGUGUCUUAACCUACGAUGAAGAAUUUCUGAAAACUGCUUUAAAAAAUGAAGGGUAUAUUAUUGAAACCUACGAAGCUCACGAUAGGAAGGUUUGCCUUGAUUACAUUGAUUAUGAAAAACUUGCCUUUCUCACAGCACUUAAACCAGAGUAA